GAGGCUCUUAUACAGGUAGCCCGCAUUGCAUAUAAAAGUGAAGUCACUUACCUGUAGAGCAAACCUUCAUGAUGACAUCGAAAAUUGAAGAUCCUCCUGUGGCUGUUAUACAACCAACAGAAACCGCAGACACAAAUCUGAUCUACAAUGUGUUGGUGUUAACUGGUGGUGUGGGAGUAAGGGAUUUUUCCUUGACCCUGCUGGACUCAAACAAUCAUUGCAGUAUCAAAACGAUGGUGAAUAAACCCUUAUUUGGUGGUUUUAGCAAGGAGAUCUCUGUUAAAAUCACUGGGAUGAAGGAGCUUGGAGACAUUGUCCUGGUGAAACUCGAACAAGACGAUUGUCAGUGGUUCUGUAUGCAAAUCAAAGUGAAAACUCCCUUUGGAAAAUGCUUCGUGUUCCCCUGUUAUCGCUGGAUAGACAAAAAUGAAGUGAUGAUCAGAGUGGGCAGUGCUCGACUACCUCAGGAUGACAACGAAUUUCUUAAAAGGCAAAGACAACAAGAACUGGAAUCCAGAAAGGAAAUAUUCAGAUGGAUCAAGAAACGCCCGGGCUUUCCUCAGUCCAUAGAUGCCGAGCAAAAACUUCCUUUAGAUGUUCAGUUUGAUGAAGAAAAACAAUCCGACUUUUCUAGAAAUUUUGGUGAAGUGUUUGUGAAAUUAGACUUGGGCAGAUAUAAAGAUUCCUUUCAGUCCUGGAAAGAUUUUGCAGAUUUUGAGAAGAUAUUUACAAACUAUGAAACCAAGAACACUCUACUGGAGAACGUGAUCCAAGACUGGAAUACAGAUUACAUGUUUGGCUAUCAGUUCUUGAAUGGUUGUGAUCCUGUGAUGAUCAGGAAAUGCAUGAAACUUCCAGACAAAUUUCCAGUCACACAUGAGAUGGUGAAGGGCUCUUUGCAGAGAGGUCUCACGCUAGAAGAGGAAAUUAAGAAAGGAAACGUCUACAUUGUGGAUUAUGAAAUCUUGGCGGGAUUGCCAGCCAAUAAAUACAAAAAUACCCAGUACUUUUUGACUGCACCCAUCUGCUUACUGUACAACAACAGACUGAACCAAAUUGUGCCAAUUGCCAUUCAGCUCAGUCAAACACCAGGGGAAAAGAGCCCAAUCUUUCUCCCAACUGAUAAUGAAUACGAUUGGAUGCUUGCCAAGAUGUGGGUAAAUUCUUCUGACUUCAAUGUACACCAGCUGGUCACACACCUUCUCAAGACUCAUCUGAUAUCAGAGGUUUUUGAAGUAGCCAUGUACAGACAGCUCUCUACAGCCCACCCUGUAUACAAGCUACUGAUACCUCAUGUUCGUUUCACAAUGGCAAUCAAUGCAGAGGCCCGUACAAGGAUCAUCAGUGAUCGCGGGAUCUUCAGCAAGAUUAGUAACAUAAGUGGAAAUGGGAUUGAUCAAUUGAUGGAAAGGGUCAUGAAGACUUUAACCCUCAAGUCCCUGUGUUUCCCUGAGACCAUAAAAGCUCGAGGAAUGGAAAAGGCACCCAAGUACUAUUACAGAGACGAUGGCAUGAUGAUCUGGGAGGUUAUAAACUGUUUUGUUGCUGAUGUGGUCGAGAUCUACUAUGACAGCAAUGAGAAGGUUCAAAAAGAUGCAGAAAUUCAAGAAUUUGUUAAGGAUGUUUCCCUAUUUGGCAUCCAGGACUCUAAGGGUGAUAGGUUUCCACAGUUUUUGAAUACUCGAGCUGAGCUAACUGAGUACCUGACUGCUGUGAUAUUCAAUGCUUCAGCACAGCAUGCUGCAGUCAACUUUGGACAGUUUGACUGGUUUGGCUGGAUCCCUAACAGUCCUUCCACCAUGCGCAAGCCGCCUCCCCAACAGAAGGGCAAAGCAGAUCUGAAAUAUAUCAUGGAUUCUUUGCCUGACCUUGACUCUUCCAGUGGGGUUAUGGGAACAGCUUGGGCCCUCACUCGGUUCCAGAAAAAUGAGAGGUACUUAGGCAUGUAUCCAGAUAUGCUCUUUACGGAGCAAGCAGUGAAGGAAGCCAUUAAGAAAUUCUGCAAGAAACUAGACAAGGUGACCGACAGCAUCAAGCGCCGUAAUGAAGAAUUAACAUUGGAGUAUUGUUAUCUGUCCCCAAACAAAAUCCCCAACAGUGUAGCAGUUUAAGAAAAUACUUCUAGAAACAUGUUGCUAAACCUAACCACAGCGUUUACGGUCCAUUGAUAUUUGCAGAACAGCUCUUAAAUAGUAAAACACAGAUCAUUGUGCCUUUAAGGCAGUUAAUUGUUAAAAUUACAUUUGUUUGUUUCUGGAAAGUGAUGGCUAUUAUCUGAGGGGUGAUUGGUCCAGCUCAUGCCAAUAAAGCAUGUCUUUUUGUUUUUUUCUGUAUUCAUAUAAACUUGCAUAAUCAUAUCUAUACUAUUAAUUGACACAUCUUUUGAUACAUAUAUUCACAUAGUUUUCAUUACUCAUGAUAUAUUGUUUGAAGUCUGUUUGAAAUAUUUACAUUACAGUUGUAUUGAUAUUUCCCAUCUUUAUUGAUUUUGAUAAUCUUGUGUUUUGCUUUUGUUGCGUGACUUACAGGUAAAGUAGAUGGUUAAAGGAAUAAUGUUCAAGCUUAAUUUUGGUAUGAGGGAGAGUUAGAGUGCCUUAUCUUCGAGGUUCUUAAAAAAUUUAAUUAAAGCUUUAAUAACGUAAACAGAAAUGUUAUAAUCUGAUAAAUGCUAUUGUGUGUUUACAUUGUGGCGUUAGCACAGAUGUGGUGAAUGUCUUUUUGCAACCUGAAUAAAAAAA